UGAUAAUUUGGAGGCUCUUUCUGCUAAUUUUCUCCUCCCAUUUCCACGAAACUUCGCGAAGAAUUUCCAAAUUUCUCAUUAGGGUUUUCAAAAAUUUAUAAUAAAGUUUUGAUCUUUGAGAAAUUUUAGUAUUUGGGAAUGCAAUUUCUUGAACAUUUUCUAAAGAUUUAAGCUUUAAUUUUGUUGGAAAAAAAUUUUGGGAUAAUUUGAUGGAUUCUGAUUCGUGGAUUCGUCUUUCUACUUCUUCACGACGUCACCAAUCUCGAUCAGACUUCUAUAAUAUCAUAGAAGAGUAUGAGGGUGAAGAGGAGUCAAGGCCGGAGUUCCUGUGCCCUUUUUGUGGCGAGGAUUUUGAUGUUGUUGGCCUUUGCUGUCAUAUUGAUGAAGAGCAUGCUAUUGAGGCUAAGAAUGGGAUAUGCCCCGUUUGUGCUAAAAGGGUCGGGACAAAUUUGGUUGGCCAUAUUACGCAGCAACAUGGAAAUAUACUGAAGGUUCAGCGCAAGAGACGAUUUCGAAGGGGUGGACCUAAUUCAACUCUUUCUAUUAUAAGAAAAGAGCUGAGAGAAGGAAGUCUACAAUCCAUUCUCAGGGGAUCCUCCCAUUUGGUUUCUUCCACCAGUGCAGAUCCUGAUCCCUUGUUAUCUUCAUUCAUUAGCAGCUCAGCUUCGGUUGAUGAACCUUCUGAAGUUCGACCUCUGUCUUCGGUUGAUGAAGCUUUAGCAGCAUGCUCAACACAAGAAAGCGCUGUUGAGAACUUGUCUGACAGAAAUAUUCAGCCAACUCCAAUAUCUGAAGAAGACCAAGUAGAGAAGGCAAGGAAAUGUGAGUUUGUGCAAGGGCUUCUGCUAUCGACUUUCCUUGAAGACGACGACUUCUAAUUUGAAAAAGAGGAUUUGCAAUGUAGUAACUAUUAUAUUAUGUAACCUGCAAUGUUGUAGCUCUGUGAAAGAAAAGAGAUACUGCUGCCAAAUCUGUAGUAGUUAUUAGGCCAAUUGGAACUUAUGGAAUCCUACUGUAUGUAGUUCUAUCUAUAUAUGUAUGUAUAUAAUAAUGAACACUCUUUUCUUCUCCCUGUUUGACAGUAUGCAAUAUAUUUCUAAUUUAACCGUCUAAA